GAGGGCGUGGAAGUCAUGCGGCUAGAAAAAGAGACACCCAACUCGGGGAACCCUCACUCCUCCACUCUGUGCUACCCUGUCCUGUCUUGCCUACUCUGCCCUGCUUGUUCUGCCCUGCCGGAGAUCCCUGGAACCCCGCUGAGGUUCUCCCUGAUGGAGCCGAAGCCUCUCGUCUUCGGGGCCCUCCUGGCCUGGGCGCUCUGCGUGGUCACCUACUCCCACCUGACGGAGGAGGGGAACGAGCAGAACCCCAAGAACAGCCUGCAGAACCACGAUGCCAUGGAGCCUCGGGCCUCGCCUCCCGUUUCCAUCGUGGCUAUGACCAAGGGGUACAAGAAGAUCAGCAGGAAAGAGGCUGAGAAGGCGGUGGCCACUGCGAAGAAGAAGAAUAAGAAGAAGAACCCCUCUCCCACGAAAAAGGCUUUACCGAAGAAGGCGCCCCGGCCUUCGCCCCCGGCUAACUGCGUGGCCACCGGGGCCAGGUGCAGGCCGCCGUCGGGACCGUGCUGUGACCCCUGCGCUUUCUGCCACUGCCGGCUCUUCCAGACCAUCUGCUUCUGCCGCGUGCUCAAUCCUCACUGCUAAGCCCCCGGCACCACCGAGGAGGCCCCUCCGCGCUUAUAGGAUUGCAUCUCUGUCUCCUUGUGUUUGCCUCCAGACCACCCGGGGCUCUGCCCUCAACCCCCAGUUUCUUGCAACGAGGGAGAGGGCCGAGUGGCCAGGUGAGCAACAGGUGCCAGAAGGGAGGGGGGCCGGGGGGGGCUGCAAGCCAGGCUUCUGCCCGUUCCCUUGGGGUGGGCCCUUGCCCUCCGGCGCUUCGCCAGCUAAGCCGGAAUUUUUAAUUGAAGGCUUCCCCUGGGGCUCCUCUGACCCUCCGCCCUUCUCUGUACCCCAAGCAAAGCUCACGGCCCUCGGGAUCCCAGAGCGGGCCUGGGCCGAGACCGGGCAGGAGGCGGCUUGGGAGCGGAUCCCGCUGAACUCCCUCUUCGGCUUGGUUUCCCCAGGGUGUCUCCUUCCAGCCUCCUCCUGGCUCCUGCCGCUCCCACCUGUGUGGUCUCUUGGGGGCCUCUAGGUCCCAGCCCGCACCUCUUCCCGUCUUCCGGGGAGCUCCCCUGCCCACCCCUUUUUCAUUCAGUCGUAUUUAUUAAGCACUUACCGUGUGCAGAGCGCUGUACUGAGC